GUACCGGACAUGGACGUGGCAAGCUGUGAAAACAGUUCCUGUUAUUGUGGUUAGUUAGCUAGGGGUCUGUGAGUUAGCCGAACUAAUGCUAGCUGUGUGAGCAGGAGUCAGUCAUAUGCAAAUAAUUUUUUCAUAUUUUGUGGUACUUUGUCUACUUAGUUAACUGUCUCAUGAAACUAUAGUAGAACAGGUAGUGGCUAGUUGGGACUAUGCACAGAGUCCGCUCGUUUACCACCUAUGUGGCUGCGCUGCUGUUGCUGCUGCUGUGUGUCGGGCUGUCUGCUAACCGCGGCGCUUCUCCAGUCUUUACUGAUGAAAUGCCUUUCAAAAUCAACUGGCCCGGCGAAUAUGUCACCCUGCCAACCUCAGGGGCUCUUUAUAAAGAAGAUGACUUCCUUAUUAUGACAACUGCAGAGAAAGAGAAAUACAAGUGCUUAUUACCUUCUCUAGCCAAUGGAGAUGAGGAUGAGGAGAAGGAGUAUAUGGGGCAUGGCCCUGCUGUGCUGCUUGCACCGUUAUUUAAACAGAGCAGCUGUUCGUACAGGAUUGAGUCUUACUGGACGUAUGAAGUAUGCCAUGGUAAACAUGUGAGGCAAUAUCAUGAGGAAAAGGAGGCGGGGCAGAAGUUGAACAUUCAGGAGUACUACCUGGGGACCAUGAGUAAACCCACUGAUGCUUUGGCAGAAUCUGAAGCUGGUAAAGUGGAGGAUACUGUCAAUGAGGUGCCGACUAAGAAUGUAGAAGGCCAGUUGACCCCUUACUACCCUGUGGAGAUGGGGAAUGGGACGCCAUGUCUGCUUAAACAGAACAAGCCUCGCUCCACCUCUGUGCUGUAUGUCUGCCACCCAGAGGCAAAGCACGAAAUUCUCUCAAUCGCUGAGGUUACAACCUGCGAGUAUGAGGUGGUGGUCCUCACCCCUCUGCUCUGUGCCCAUCCAAAGUACAGGUUUAAGUCAUCCCCAGUGAACACCAUCUUGUGCCAGGCUCUGGCAGGCUCCCCCCUCAGACCUCUCAGUCUCUCACAGCUGGACCAGCAGCAGGAGGAGCUGCUCAGACCACAUUUCAGCCCUGCCACUGAGAGGGAGGAGGACACAUCCCCUGUGCGGGAAGAAGCUUAUACUUCUACCCACAAGCCCCUAGCCGUUGGUGGUCAAGCUCAAGUCACAGUAGGCACUACCCACAUCUCCCGCCUGACUGACGAACAGCUCAUCAAGGAAUUCCUCAGCGGCUCAUACUGUCUGCAUGGGGGUGUUGGAUGGUGGAAAUAUGAAUUCUGUUAUGGAAAGCAUGUCCAUCAGUAUCAUGAGGACAAAGAGCAAGGAAAGAGUAUUGUGGUGGUGGGCAGCUGGAAUCGUGAGGAGCAUUUAGAAUGGGCCAAGAAGAAUGUGGCUCGUACUUAUCAGCUCAAAGAUGAUGGAACACAGAAAGUGAAGGUGGUGUCCCACUUCUACGGCCAUGGAGAUGUGUGUGACCUGACAGGGAAGUCGAGACAGGUCAUUGUGAAGCUCAAGUGUAAGGAAUCAGAGUCUCCUCAUGCUGUUACUGUGUACCUGUUGGAGCCCCAAACCUGUCAAUAUAUUUUAGGGGUUGAAUCUCCAGUGAUCUGUAAGAUUCUGGACACUGCUGAUGAGAAUGGCCUUUUGUCUAUCCCUAGCUAGAAAUAACAAAAAACAAAAAAUGGACAUGUAUAGGCAGAAGAAGCAUAUUCUACAUGGGAGUGAGAUGUAUUUCUGAAGGGGGAGCUUUGUCCUGUGGUCUGAAACUGAAACAAGAUAGAAGCACCUGAAUCUAGGAACUCCUCACUCUCAUUUUUAAGAACACUGAAGACUUGCUGUAGACUGAGCUGUGGAUGAACUCUGUGUUCUGUGCUUUAAUGGAAAGUACAUUAAUUAUGGAAAUGUGGUUAAAAGUCUUCGUGAGACUGAAAGAAAUGGGGAAAAUGUUAAAUUACCCUGAUCUGCUGGAGGAUCUCCACCCCCCCCCAACUUUUUUUUUCAUUAUUUUGGCUCAAUUUAAUGACUGUCCAUGAAUGUCACACACUGUAGUAGUCCUUUUGAAUUUAAUGCAGUCAUUCAUUUCUUGAAUAGAAGAGUAAUAUAUUGGGUUGUUUUAACUGUUUCUAUUUAUUUGCCUUAAUUUCUGUUAAUUACAUGCUUGCUGUUGACAUUUUGCACUUGAAAGAUUUUAUGUAUAUAGUAAAGCUGGGAUUCAAAAAUUCAUAAUGUGAUCUGAAUGCAAAAGUAUGUAACAGUGAAAUCUUGCAUACUCAAGCAUAUUUAAAGGUUAAAGAUGGCUAAUCGAAUGAGUGAAAGAGUACAAUGCAUAGGUGUUAAUUUGAAAUUGUCAUUUUAAGUGGCCUAAAAGUCUUGAGACUUAGUAAGAUAUUUGAAGUAGUACAAAAUGCAGUAUUUGACGCUACAUAUAUUGCAUUCAGUAGCUGCAGUGAGUCUAUGAAAUACCCACACAUAAAUGGUAACCCUCUUUUCCUUUUUUGCCUCACACUUGCUCCAUCUUUAAUUGAAACUUUGAGAUGGAGUUAUAAAAAGAACACACAGGAGUAAAUAAGACCAGGGAUAUUGGCAUUAGGUUUGUUUUUAACUGCUUGGUAUU